AAACUGAAAUCUCUCAAACUAAGGAAACUCUAGAAAAUAGCUUUUCUACAAUAGAAGAUAUUAACUCAGAAAGCUUCAUCUUAGAAAAGGAAAAUAUAGAAAUUCUAUCAGUUGAAACUCUUGACAACA